GCGGUGGGAAGCCCGCAUCGCUUCUCGUCUAAUGAACAUGAACAGUUCGGUGAUAAUGUUGUUACAGCGAAUAUCAUUGGCCCUAAGCAGCGCUGGAGACGGUCGUAGCCAAUGAGCACAUUUGUUAUAUGUCCGGUUGCUGCCGUUAUUUGUUUUUUGUGUGCGUGUGUGCGUGCGUGUGUGUGCGGUGUGGCAAUAAAGUAAAAAGGACUUGGUACGGGGCCGGUGGCUGCAAGUGCAUGAGGUGCCGAUGAAGACUGUAGCAUAAAUCAACACACCUAGCAAAAUGGAUGUCGACCCACCACCGCCUCUCGGCACAGGCUCUAACCUAAAGCGUUCGUCGAGUGCGCCCAUGAUCAAUGUCUUGGGAAACACGCCCACAUUCAGGGAGGCUCUCUCUCCGCUGGUGCUAAGCAUCCCACGAACGAGGCGCUUCAGUGCAAGCUUCAGUCCCAAUCACUCGCCUUCGUCACCACUGGCUGCAGUGCCAUCCCGUGUGAGCCAAAUCAAGCAUGAGGAGGGCAUGGACGUCAUGAUCAGGGAGACUGCCCAUGAAAAGGAGGUGCAGUCAAAGCUACAGAUAUCUCAAUCCUGGGAUGACCUGUCUUUGGGUGACGGCUGUCUAGGCGAUGGAGGCAAGCGGCCCCGGUCCCUCACUGACCCCCUUCACAUAUUUACCCCGCCCCCGGGCAUCUGCAAUUCUCCCUCGCCAACGCGCGCUGGCAAGCAAUGCUUUUCACCAUCUAUGUGCGCUUCAAGCAAACAAGCGUUUUCACCUAGUCCCAGCCCCAGUCCUACAAGGAAGGCAUUUGCAACGAGAAGUCAAAGCCCCAUCACGCUUAGGCCGAGCCAAUUUCCUGUUAAACGAAAAUUUGACAUGGAGAUGGACCAGGGAGACUCGUUGCCUGUGCCAUCAAAGCGACUCAACCUCUCCGUUGGGCCACAUGACAUGUCAGUGUCACACAUGCUGCACCACAGCUUGUCACAGAGCAGCCUAGAGGCGAUGAGCAGCCCUGAGCAAACAGUGCCACAAGACAUGGGCGACUCCUUGUCAAGCAGCAGUGGCUCCCCUGGGUGCCCCUCAGUCUUCCACCAACACCAUCCGUCUUCCUCCUCGGGUGUACGAUCACCUCUAGCACCCGUUGUCUCCAUUGACAGCCCUUGCAACAUGGAAGACUCCUAACUCUUCGUUCCCACCUCUCCUUCUGUUUUACUUCACCCCUUAGUUACAUGCUCCACCUCAUUAGUUGUUGCCUUGCUUUUUCCCCAGAAUUCAUUCCUGGUCACCUCCUGCCAGCUAGAACCCCUAGAUGUACACUUCUGUCCAGACUCUUCUAAAGACUGUGGCCAAGGUUGCACACUUCAUUUUAAGAGCCCUUGUUUGACUGCCUUGCUAUAUUCAGAGUCGUCUUUUCGAACUGUCUUGUCAGGUCCUUGACAGAAAUUGGCACUCUAAGGCAUUGAAAGUUCGUUUGCAGACCUGCGUGUCGCUAGCUGCAGACCUGUAGUCCACAAGUACACAUAUGCAUAAAGAAGUGUGGUCAAAGUGUACGUGCUGUGAAGAAACAUCUUAGUCUCCAAACAUGCUUGGAAAUGGAGUGUUUAUGCGUGCAUGUGUUGCAUUUGAGACGCACAGCCACAUUCCAAACACACUUGUAACACAACUUCAGGCUUAUGAAGGCUGCAGUGAAGGCUCGAGACAUAGCAUAUAAUACUAGCCUCAUAAUUUCAUGUGCUUCACACCCGACUCACAAAAGACUGAUUGAGGGUGAUAGCACAGGGUAGUGAACAUGUCUGUGGAAUCGCCAGGUUCGUCUUGAGCAUUUGCUGUCUGACUCUGUCAGGUUCCAAGUGCUGGUGAUGCCACUGAAGGUGCCCGAGAGCAUACAUUCUUCUGGCCCAGUUUUUAAUCUUUUGAUAGAGUAUAGAAUGAAGUGUACAGGCCCCACUCCCCUCCACCACCCACCCUUGCCCAUUUUGCCCACAUUCUCUCUUUCUGCUGGCACGUUGAUGAUGGUGUUGAGAGCAGGACUUCCUGUGCUUCCAGGCAACCUGCAUAUACAGGGUUGCCAUCUUCAAGAAAGAAGUAACCUUUCAUCACUGGGGAUUCCCCGAUGGCUGUCGACCACCUGCAAGCAAACCGCCUCACUCAUCAUCCAGUGCCUCACAAUGUGUGCACACGAGUUGACAACGAGCACUGCCUUCGGAUAUCCAAGCAAAUGUAUACUCCUGGUUUUUGCUUGUGUCAUAGUUGUUAUUUAUUGUUCGAAAGAAUUCCUUUUGUUUAUGCUUGAACUUCGACUGUGCCCCCUUGACUUUUUUUUUCCGCUCCUGGUAAAGGGAGACCAGUGUCGGGGAAAACUCGCAAAACACUACAACGAAUGCUGUUGCUGUAGAUCCUUAUGCAUGUCUGUUCUGCAAUGCCCUGUUGCACCCUUGACUGUUGUGCAAAACACCUGCUUCAACAUCGGUGGAGUUGCCACUUGCAAAAAUUGUGCGGCAAUUGCCUCGAUACUGGUUGGUCUGCAAAGCAAACAUUAUUGGGUGGCAAAAAAUACGGCCAUAAAGGUACAGCUCGAAAUAUCCCUGGAUCGUGAUUCCCUUGUCAUCGUCUAGGUAUAAAACCGUUCAGGCCCGUUGAGAGGAGUCGUUGCAAAAGUGAUUAAAAGUUGCAUGGCCCGUCUUGCCUGGCCAUAUUUUAACUUUCUGGAUGCUAUGGCAUCCGUAAGAGCAGCAAGCAAUGCCACAGGCUUUCCGCAAUUCACUUGAGCACCAAAGUUGGAUCAGCAUGUAUACCUGGUGGCAACUUUGUGUGCGGCACUCCUCUAUAGCCUCAACUUGAUGCUCACUUUUAGCGUCUUAAAUAAAAUAUCUCCUUCUUUUUCUGCAAAACAAAAAGUGCACGAGAAGAAGAAAACUUGAAGGGAUCAACAGCCUACAAGCAUGGCAAGUCUCGGCCUGAAGCAAUCAUUUCAAAAUGUUUACUCAACACAGAGGUUUUCCUUGUUUGUCCCCUGUUUAGCCAUUCUUUGUCAACAUUUCCAUGUUUAACGUCUUUUCAUUUGACCCUAGCCUAAAUUUAUAGCCAAAGAAAGUUUGUGUGCAAAACAGUUUAAGGAACACAACACCGACUUCCCUUGCUUCACCAUGAAUUUGAAAUUGUUCAUAUACCGUCAUCGUAUGAGUAGGGCAUUAAGACUUUCAUGAUUCAGUGUUUGUUGCUGUAGGAAGACGGCAAAACUGUUACGAAAUUUCUUGUUAAAGUCUUCUGUUUCUGCUAUGGUGGCAUUGUAACCAUCAAAACUGAAAGUGAUGGUGGCGCAAAGCUUAGUUCCGACCGCUCCGCAAUUUAAAUGAGGGACCUUCUGAAAGUAAGUUUUGUCAUUUAUUUUCACAUGAAAAUGUUAUUGCAAAAAAAAAUGCACCAUGGCAUCAUGAACUAUACACCUUGCACUUUAAUUCUACGUAGUCACCACCGACAUCGAGACAUUUGUUGUAGUGUGCAAUCAGUUUGAAGAAACCACUCUGGUAAAACUCGGUGCCCUGCAAUGCAAGGCCCAAGACAUGACCUCUUCACCAUACGCGAUCUGUAGGCGUUCAUGGAUGACGAACACACUAGUCCCACGUGCCAAUUCAUCCCAGGUAACAGCACGCGCUUGCGCUGGCGACCACGUUGUCAGCACAUGUCUGCCAUUGUGGUUUGUACUCGAAUGAUUUUCAGCAAGCCGGUCUGCUGCUACUCUCUCUUCUUUGGCGCUCCGCGCAUGCUUCAUUCAUUUUCCGCUGACACUCCUUCCGUCGUUGAACCAGCAACGGCCAUGGAUUCUUAUGGCGAUUGUUUGUUUAACCUGGUGCACCAUCUUCUCUUUAAAAAAAAAAAGAUAAAACUUUCUUUCGGAACACCCCUCGUACGUGUGAAGACGCUUGACCCUAGAGUCCUUCCCUUUGCUGCUGCAGGAAGUUUUUUCUGGUGUAGUUCAGUGCAGAAAAUCUGGGUGCAAGGCAACUGCUGCAAGGCCUGGUGGAUUGUGUUAUUGCUUGCUGCUCAAUACUCUUUUCAUUGUUGAAAACAGGCAAUAUGGGAAGAUGAGAAGGGGGACGCACUAGUCUUGUGGUGCUGAGCGUGACCAGCUGAAGCAAUUAAUGCCUACAAAGCAAAAUGUCGCAUCACCCUGUCGCAUUUCUUGUAGGGUGUACAAACAGUUGUAGAGCACGUGUGUGUUUUGUGUGUGUACAUAUAUACAUAUAUAGAUACAUAUAUAUAUAAAUAUGCAUAACUGACAGCGGUAUGCCUAUUUCUUUUGAAGAACUUGUUUUUGUGUGACACAGUGUGAUGAACACUUGUAGGUGUCUGGUACUGACAUUGUUUUUACAAAAUAUUUUGCCUUUGUUGUGCAUGUGCACCUCUGUCAGAUAAGACCAUUAGUUGUCUGGUACAACUUUUGGCUGACUAACAUUUGACAAACAUGAGGGCAGUUAUGUUGGUAUUUUUGUUUUUGUAUAGCUACUUGUACAGAAAGAACAGCAGACCUUGGGUCAAUUUCUUUGUUUUGGUCACGGCUGCAAGAGCUUGGUUUACAAUAUGUUAUGCUCUGUAUAAUAGUGUGUUCCUCGAAAAUGGCAAGUUUCUUGCCUUUAUGCAACUUCUUUCUCUUCGCACAUUUGGGUUCUCAAGAGUUUGAUGACAUGCAAGAAUUGGAAAAGUCUGAAGGCAUAUAUGGUGCUUACUCUGCUUGACUCUACUAGUAGCCUUCUUCACAGCCAACUUCUUUUCUUUUUUCUUUUUGAACACUGGAGCUGGCUGGAGAAAAACAUAUUUUCUGCAACUCCUGUGCUGCCAAGCAUUGUAUUGAGCGCUGCUUUGCGGCAGUCACGAACAAAACUGUGGAUUGCAGCUUUUGGUUCAUGUGCCAUCUAUGAAAACUCUGUGCUCUCUUCUGGCUCCAGUGUUUUGCCAACUUUUGCGUUUGGGUGAUGCCUUUAUGAUGUGUCGGCAUGGCUAGACAAUCUAAACUAGCAAGUGCUAAGCAGCUGACGGGCGUCAAAUGUAACUUGGCGUCUUCUCUUGUGCCACUGCAGUGGCCAAGGCACACAGGUGCUUGUGCUACCUCGGCACCCAUACAGCUUGUGCCAAAAAUUCCUGAGGCCAUAAGAUGCCGAACUUCCACUAUUGCCAUGCUUGUGUAGAGCAGGUUCUCUCAAUGUUUGGUGCUGUGGUUGGUGUUGUUAUACUAAUAGCAUUGAACCUUCAGUUUCACCAUGACAUCUUAGGGCAUUUCUUAAGGCAUAGUUCACAGCUAGACUGCUUCACUUAUUCCUUGGUUUGUCCAAGACAUCAAGACAAGCUUGUUGACAAUUCACACAAUUUUUUCUACAUCGCAGCCAACGCAGAAGUGAGGAAAAGCUGACAUUGAAAGUGCCUCUUUUGUUUGUUUUCUAUGUGUUGUCAGUGCUGUACAAAAUAAAAAUAAGAUAUGAUCUGGCUAUUAGAUGGGGCACUGAAUGUGCUUAACUAGCUCUUUCACUAUGCAGGCUUCAUAUUGCAUGCAUGAUGCUUAUUUCUCGAAUCAUCAUCAUUCCAUGAUUCCUCUUGUGCAGGUAGCACUGACAGCAUUCAUGAAAGCAUGGCAUGACGGGCGCUAUAGUCACUAGGAAAUGCAGCACAAGAAAAAGCAAGUGCCAUUGGCAGUGGCAUUCACAGUUUAUCAUUAGAAGGUAUGUGAAGGGGUUUCAGAUUUGUGCUUAUUUGCAAACCUGUGUAGUUAUGUAAAAAUGCAGCAGAAUGGAAACUUCCAAAUUGAACACGAUUUGUUCGAUCUCAAGUUGACAACUGUUUUCUGACUGCCAUCAUGUUUACAAACUGAAGGUUCAGUGCUACCAUGGUACAGCUCUGCACAACAGCAACUUUUGGAACUGGCUUGCCUUUACUGAAGGCAUCUGAAGACCUGAAUCCACUGUUGCCUCUGUGAGCAUUUCAUUUGUUUUUCUUUAACUUACAUAGAACACUUUAGGUUUUUCUUUUGGUGUGUAGUGAAUUCUGGUAAUGCCAAGGUUUCUGGGGCAUUGUAAUUUAUUGCCACAAUGGGCAGUCAAUCCGACGUGUUUACACAAAUAUUAGUUUAAUUAAGCGUGCUUCACUAGCCAAUUCCCUCCUCCAAGUUUGAGAGGUAAGAGCUGCGAAGAUGUUGCUGCAUAAAUUUUCAAGCCUUUCCUUUGCUUUGAUUGUUAUGAUUGUUAUUAUGUUUGGUAGACAUGAUAUACAUGCCAGCCCUAUGUAGUAGUAUCUCGCAAAGGCCACACCUCGGAGGUGAUGGAAGAGCGCAGUCGUAAAGUAGGGUUAGUCCUGGAUGUUGCACUGAAAACCCAAAGCUUUGUCUUUACCAUGAAGUUUAUUUAAACUCUUAAGUUAUUUCUGCCAGAGCCACCAACCUCUCUGUUUCUUGCACUUUUGCUGUUUUGCCUGGGAAAGAGAGGGUGGAUGAUUUGUUGUAUAUUACCUUCUGUAGUCCUAAGCCUUUGUGAUAAGAAUUGAAAGAUAUGGUGUGUCUGUUCAAGAUGUUUCAAGGCAUUUUAUCAGUUUUAAGAUGCAGACACAGGCAAAGCAAUAUUGGCUCUACCAACAGCAGAGCUUUUUGGCAGGUGCUAUAAGGAUGCAUGCAGAUUUGAAGUGUAAUCGCAACUUUGUUUGGCAGUGGCUACUGGUGCAUAAGGAAACAACACCUAUGUCUCUGAAUUAUUUUUGCAGACUGUUGUUUGGUUUGGUUUCGCAUUUCUUGCAUCUGAUAGUUGCAUCUGCACACCUUUCCAAGAAAGCCGUAAAUGUUGCUAUCACAAUGGGAUGGUAACUUGCAUUGCAAGAAGGAAGUAGGCUGAAUUGCAAGGCUGAUGAAAUGGCAACUAUAUGCAUACCUCUUGCCCUCGCUUGACAUUCUGGUCAUAAGGGAGCAUCUGAAUGUUGUUAUAAGCAAAUAAAUUUGUUGAAGUGCAGCUGCAGGGUUGAAGGAUUCCGUACUCCACUGCUAUUACGCUUUCAUUUUGACAGAGCUGCUUAUCGAGGCAUGUAACUAAGGAAGUGUGAAAGCUUGAACAAAUAAAAGAAAGGCUGGGACAACAAGCACUGUGUACUAUAUGAACACAAGUGAAAACAAGCAUAUGUCUGAUCAAUGACAUGUUCUUGUCUCAAGUGAUGUGCCCUUUGCUCAUGUUUACUUUUUUUCUCUUGAUGCAGCUGGAUUUGCAAACUGAUUGUUUGUUAAAAGCCAAAAGUAAGCAUCUGACCAGUCUGCACAGCAGUAGUGUUUAAUGUGUUAGUAUUCUCAUCCUGGGCCAAACUGGUGCAACAUUUCUCCCACACUUUCAUUUUAUUUCAUGCUUAGUCAUAGUCUUUAGCAGCAUUCUGCCUUUGUUGUCACCAGAAUAGGCUGUUGCAAGCAAUGUGUGACUGGAAUAGAAUAGGAUGAAAUAAAGGAAAUCACUACAUUAUCUCGUGUUAGUUUGCAAGUGGACAAUGCAUACAAGUGAAAUAAAUUUCAGACAGUAAAGCUGUGCAGAAGAAUUUAAAUAGGAAAAACUGGCAGUCAAAGGUAUGGAAAGCAAACUAAAUCAUACUGGUAAAAAAAAAAAUCUUGGCACUUUUGAUUUUUGUGUCCACAUGAAAUGUACAGACUGCACGUUCAUGCACUAACACUGGUGCAGUCUUGAUAAUCUUGGGCUACGUGCUUGGUUUUAAUUGAAUUUUUCUUUCCCCAUCAGCAUUGAAGUCCACAUACAUCCAUGCUCGACCAUGGGUGCAUGUUCACUGUUCUACAUAAAGUUCAUGUUAGAGAUGUUGCCUUUACUUUCACAACUUCAAGUACACAUCUGUGAGCAGUGCCUCUUAUAAUGUGCAUGCCUGUCUGUCCCUCACAGAGAUGAUUUGGUAGACCUGAAAAUGUGCGAUGUUUUCUGUGUUAGCUAUAGGUGUUUCCUGAUGGACAUAUUUGUAAGCGUGUAAUCUUGUUAAGAUUUGUAGCCAUGUAGAUUUGAAAAUGCAGGCUGGCAGUGUGUACCAGAAAUUUGUGCAGAAAACAGCUGUUCAUUGUAAACUCCACUUGUGUGUUAAAAAUUUGUGCCCACCGUCACUUUGCCAAUAAGAAUGAAAAUGUUUUUUUUUUUUUGUGCCUUAUCACAUUUAAGAGCUCUUAAAACAUCUCUUUUUAGUCUUUGCUAUGCUUGUUUGUUUUGCAUUUUAUUUCUUUAGGGUUCAUUUACUAGCAGGUCUCUUGUUACUAACAAACACUUUCACUGGCUAACUGUAUUUUAAGCCUGCAGAGGUAUUUGCAGCAACAUGAAUAGAGAUGUGCGUAUAAUGCAAUCUUGUUGCUUUUUUGCCAUAGUUAUUGUUUCUUUGUCACCUAAGAACAAAAUAUUUAUAUUUACCUGCAGUGGUCUCCUUACUUUAUGCUUCCCCCAUUUCCUUUAGCUCUCCUGUUUGUCUUUGCCACGACAAUUUAAAAAUAUGCGCUAAAAGAAAGUGCAAGUCAAGUGCAGUUGUACAAUUCUUGUUAUUGAUGUCUAGCAGAUUGAACUUCAUGUCAACAUGAUAUGCACUGUCUGCACUUCAGUGCACAGACACCACAGGGCAUAUUAAACUUUGGUCUAUUUGGCUAGAUUUCGUUUGUUUCAUGGAUUCAAAGAUACCACUAAUUUCUGGGGCCAGAUUUUGUAACAAUUCCUUCUGUUGAUAAACGUUCCUUGUCGUACACUGCUGAAAGGCCGUUGCUGGAAAUGGUGGCAGCAUGGCAGCGUGCGAGCCAGUAUUGAUGUGCGAAAAAAAAAAAAACAAAUCUGGACCCUGGUGUGCAUUUCAAAUGUCUAAAUUAUGUUCCUCAAGCUAGCAGAGGGAACUUGUCAUGGCUGUCUGUUUGUUGAGCUUUGCUGGUUUUUCUGAAAUCAUACCAGCAUGUGAAGCUGGGCAUUCAUGAGUUCAAUUCUGUGAAUUGCUAGAGUACUGCGACAUCUUCACAAAGAUAGUACACCUCCACACAUAUAAGAGCUUUGUUGAAUAUAUGGAGUUUAUCACAUGUGUUUGGUAACCUAGUACUGUUGAUGAGACUUGCGGAGAUGUCCUUGUUUAUAUGUAUGUAUGUAUGCUAUGCGAGAAAUAUUGUUUUUUUGAUGAAAGCUUCUCUGAUGCUUAGUCUGCUUGUCAAAGCAGCCACAAUUCAUUAUAUAUACUGUACACACAGAAUGAGUGCCGUUUAUUUGUAUAAUAUGUAAACAUAUCAGGUGGAUUGCUCGUUAUUAGGCGUGCAGCCAAUGUUGAUGCACAUUCAUGCGCAAUUGUUUUUGCUGUCGUCUCAAACUGUAGUGCUUAUGCACUUGUAAGUGCAUAAAGAUGAGAGAGCACCUAUUAAAAUUUUAUCCAUUGA